AUGCGUGUAUUUGUAUUGCUUUGUAUAGUGGCUGUAGCCUGUGCCAAUCAAUCCGGUUACAAUUAUCAACCAGUGGGUCACGGUUCAGAUAGCGUACCAAGUUAUGCCGGAUCACAAGGUGGUGCUGAUUAUGGUGCUGGAACACAAGGAGCACCUAGCUAUGCUGGUCCUCAAGGAGAUUUCGGUCAGGCUUCUCAUAAUGAUGCUGCCUAUGCUCCUCAAGCUGAACUCGACAAGGAAUUCUUCACAUAUAGUGCCAAUGAAGAUGAUUUCAAUGAUCCCGCUGCUUCUAACCAAUUGGCCAACUCUGUAAAACAAGGCCUUCGUGUUGUUUUCAUCAAGGGACCUGAAAACAAGGGUCUUGAAGAUGCUGCUCUUGCUUUGGCCAAGCAAGCUGGUGAACAAAAGACCGCUAUCUAUGUGUUGAACAAGCAAGCUGAUCUCGGUAGUUUGGCUGACAAAUUGAACAACAUUAAUAAGAACAACAACAACAAACCCGAAGUUCACUUUGUCAAAUACCGUACUCCCGAAGAUGCUGCCAAUGCUCAAAGGGCUAUCCAAGGCCAAUACGAUUCAUUGGGAGGCCAUUCUCAAUCUCAUGAUGGUGGUGUAGCUCCUGUUUUAAACUUUGCCUCAAAUGCUCCUGUUGCUUCUCAUGGCGCUGCUUCCUCUCCAUCUUCCUCAUACCUCCCAUCAUCAAUUUUCCGUCGUUUGUAA